GUCAAGAUCAGAGCUGCUGCUGCGGCUUCGGAUCUUGAACAUAUGGCCGCUGAGUCAUCCGUGGUUCCAGACUUCGAGAGAGGGAGGUUCUACGACGUGUAUUCAGCCAGGAGGAACGAGAGGUUGAAGAGGAAGAAAGGAGGAGAAGAAGAAAAUACUGAAGUCAAAGGAACUCUGUACAAUCUCGGAGUGGAUCCCAUACCGACCAAGAGAAGAGGAACCUUUAAGAAAAAGAAGGCGAUGGUUGAGACAUCAACAAAAACUCCUAGGUAUUCUCUGAGGAGCACAUUUACCAAAGAUAACAAGAAGCCUCUGAGUGUCGCUGUAAGUACUAUGAAAACUGUCAGUAGCACCAGGAGGGUUAUGAGUAUCUGAUCCUGCUCUGCUUCUA